CAUCUUCCUUAUCACUACAAUUAGCAUAAAGUUCAUUCUAGUUUUCUGUUUCACAAAGAUCGUCUCCAAAGUCAUAUAGUGUGUCGUCCUCCUCGUCCUCACUAGAUUUCUCGAGCCGAACUUCCUUAUCUAUUGGUCCAGUUAGAUGCUCACUCAUCGCAGAAAGAGCCUCAUCGUCACGGCUAAGCAAAGGUAUAUCACUGUCAUCCACUUCAGGCCCAACAAAGUCGACAGUUUCAUCUUACUGGUAUGGUUGGUUACUAUACAUAGAUCCAUGUUUUCCUCUCCCUCCUUCUAAAGAACAUCAUACAUAUUCCUUGGAGAUACUUUGUAUACGAUAUGCCAACGGCCACCAUUUUUUAUAUCUCCAAUGUAAAAGACUUGACUCGCUUGACUAGCUAAUAUAUAUGGGUCAUGUGUAUAUGAUGACUCGGUAUUUGCACAUGUUUUCCCCUUUGUUUAUUGAUUGUUUGAGCUUGAAUUAUUAUGUCUUUGGCCUAUUUUACACUAGGUUGUGUUCCUUUGUCACAUUUCAGGUCCUAGCACAUAAAGUUAAGCAUAGGCGCAAGUUUCAAGUCAAUCAGAGAUCAAUUGACGAUUCGAGAGAAGAAACUCGGGCAUGACCUGAAGAAGAAUGGAUUUAUACCUCACUUUAUGGACAAAGAAUCAUACAAGCUUGUCAUGAAAAGAAAGAGGACAAGACUACGAGCGUCUGGGAUCAAACGGCGACUGAUUCGGAGUCCGGACGAGGGAGAAACGAAGCAUUAAACAGAGGCUGAGCAAGCCACACGGGCACAACCCACACGGCCGUGUAACCUGGCCAUGUGGCCGUGUGGAAAUCACCGAGCCUUCACACGGGCAGCUGGGAAAGCCACACGGCCGUGUGGCCUGGCCGUUUGAGUCGGGAAUUGCUGGUUAAAACCCGAUUUUCAGGAAAAGGAGAGAGAGAGAGAGAGCUGGGUUUUGGAUCCCAAACACUCAAGGGACGAACCCUAGAGAGAGAGCGACUUGGGAACAUUCUUGGAGCUAUUUUGGAGGAUUUCUUCGCCAUUGGAGCUCGGGAAUCAAGUUUGGAGAUGGAGAUUGAAGAUCUAGAUCAGAUUUCUGCAGUCUCUCUCUUCUCUAUGGAGUAACUUCCCUUCACUUAGGUUUUGAGGAACCCUAGUUCCAUGAGUUAGGAUCUUUCUUGUAUGAAGUUUUGGAUGCUAUAUUGUUUGAUUAUAAUCGAUAGAGGCAUGAUUUAUUGAGUCAAUUGAAGCUUGAUCAAAUUCUCUUGAUUUCUGCUUUAACCUAUGAUAGAUAGAAUCUGAUUAGGUUAAGAGAGCUUCCUUGAUUGAUAGUGGUGAAUUGGUUGUGCGAGAGUCAAUCAAUUCACUGCUUUGUACUGGAAUUCAUUCCACUAGUGGAGAUCUGUGUGAAUCGCCUUAGCAGUCUAUCCCGGUGAAGGCUAGUCGCCUGCCGUGUAUUCUGUCGGAGAGGGCUUGGUAAGCUUAAGAGAUUCCAAGCUAAUUUAGGAUCUUCCGCAGUUUAAUCAACAGUAGAUCAACCAAAGGUAAUUGCAACUUGGACCUAAUUGAGGAGCUAGGGGGAAUCAUACCAAAGUGAGUUCCCAACUUGUAAUUAGUAGAGUAGUUAGUAGAGUACUUUAGUAAAUCAAUCCUUAAUCUAGUUUGCUAGAUAAUGAACUGAAGCUGAGUAAUAGUAACUCUAGAGACCCGUGGAUUCGAUAUUUAUUACUUGUGCCACUAUACUGCAGUCCCUUUCAUUGGUUACACUUGGCCAUUGUUAGGUGUUGUGUUUUAGCGUGUCAGUAUACCACUUUCGACCCAUAUUGACACUCGUUACACAACCAUCAAACCUUAUGCCAUUUCUUUUGUCUCCUACAUACCACCAAUCACAUUUAAACACAAAUACAUGAUGCCCAUAAAAAGUUUGAAACUUGAUGAUGUCUACAAGUACUAUAGCCUCUCCAUUGUGUUCACCUUUCACAGCUAAACCACUAUUUUGAGUACAAUGGCCUUUGUCUGUUUCAUGGAUUAGGUAACGAACCUCAUUAAAUAUUAUGCCAUUAUAUCUAAUAACCCUCACAUCUGAACCUAAUCAUAGGAUAUAUUAGUGAUCAUUCUCUUUAAGAGAGUCGGCCAAAAAUAAGUUAGAAACCUAUAGAAUAAAAAAAGGUAAAAGUUAGAUAUACUAAGAAACCAAAAAACAAAAAAGGGGUCAAAGCCUAUAUAAUUUCAACUGAGGGGGAUUAUCCUAACAUGUGUUUUUAACAAGGACGGAAAGUUAGCUUUAAUGCUUUGUCUUGUAUAGUUAGAAUUUUGACUAAGCAUCUCCUCCUUAUGAAUGUUGUACAAUUUUGCUUAAAUGUCAGAAUUUGUGAUGCAAGUGUUUUUAUGGAUAAACAUUAGUAAUAAUUUAAAAGCUUACUUCCAGUACCCUUGGAUCUGAAUGAAUUCAGCAUGUUGCUGGGGAAGGCGGUCCAGUGGCUGACCUAGCAGAAACCGCCAUUGGAGGAGGCGGUUUACUGGCUGAGCUAAAAGAAACCGCUUGAUGAGGAAGCGAUCCUAGGUCUCCAACCUAAACCACUUCUUCAUCAAGCGGUUUGCUUUGCCGACACACAAACCGCACCCCCUACGGUUUGUAUGUCGUCCAAAUUCCUCGACACCCGACAUGUCGCCAUGCAGGGGUUUUGGAGACGUGGGUCUGCAUGGCAGUUCAAAACCACCCCUCCCCCUGCGGUUUUGAAUAAAAAGUUUUCCUAUAAAAAGCAGCUCCGAGAACCUCAGUUUCUCACCCCUCUCCUUAUUCGUCUUCGAAUUUUUGUUAUGCACCCUACGUUUUAGAGUUUUUGCAAUUAACGUUACUUCGUAAGUUUAUUUUGUAUUACUUUACAUUGUGAUUUGUGAAUUUUAUGGUAAUAACUGAAUUACGGUUUGAUUGCAGAUGGCAUUCCAAAAGUCCAUCAAAUGUGUACUGAGGUUACUUGCAUGGAUGGCACUAGAAGAGUUGAUCGUAUGGUGUAUCGAUAUCCAAACAUACAAGGCGGAUCGUUGUGGCAUGAAGAAUUUUUCAUAACCAUUUGGGAUGAAGUAGAUGCCAUGGUCAAAUUUUUGAACGGCAAUAAUCUUUCCAAAGAAGGGAUGUUCGUUUACACCGAGGCGGUCGAAGGCAGUGGAGGUCAUUCUGGAGGUGGCAAACAUCUGGUAUCCAUGGUGGAGGUCGAUUAUAUGAAGAUCAUCCUUACCAUGCUUACCAUGAUCCCCAUUCCUUCCAUGAGUACCAAGAAAGAGGUGAAGGUCAUCAACAAUCCUUUCCAUCAUAUGAGGAAGAAGUCCAACGGUACCAUGACGGCCAACAAGAAGGCUACCAGUACCAACAAGAGUACAAUUUCCAUUCAAGCGGCAGUAGUUUUCACAACUACCAUUACGGAGCUGAUGAAUGUGACUUUCAUGAUCUGGAUCAAAUGGAAGAUGUCCUGCCAGCACCGGUUAGCGACCCUUCCGAUGAAGAUGAAGAAUAAGGCAAUGUCAGUGCAGACAGAUCUGAUCCUCUUGAAGGUGCUAAUUAUUCAAGCCCAGAGUCAGAGUCAGAUGAUGAUGAUGAGGUGUCUCAUGACCGUGUACCUAUCCCGUACUAUAAUCACAGUCGAAAUGAGCAUUGGUAUGUCAAUGCCGACAUGGAGCCGUCAGAGGUGGCAAUAUGGGGUCCACUCAUUGGGUUUAUGAAGGGCCAACAAUUUGGUACGAAGAAGGAGGUGCGACACGCUAUUGAGACUGAAGCAAUGACUCGGAGUUUUGAAUGGUGCACAACUCAUUCCAACGCGAAGAGGAUCAUAGUUAGAUGCCGAAAUCAACACGAGGGAUGCACGGCUAGGAUACGGGCCAUCAAUAGCAAGAGAGUUGGCCAUUGGGUCAUAUCCCGCGCGGUGAACACUCACACAUGUGUGUCAUCCAUAACAUCUCAAGGCCAUCGACAAUUGAAAUCCAGAGUGGUUUACGUGGCUAUCAAGCAUCUAAUUGAGCAACAACCCGAUCUGAAGGUGAAAACCAUCAUCACCAAAAUUUCUAGUCGUUAUGGAUAUAUUAUUAACUAUAAGAAGGCGUGGCAUGGAAAGCAGAAAGCCAUGAUCGUCGUCUUUGGUGACUGGGAAGAAUCAUAUGCAUUCCUUCCCAGAUUGAUUUUUGCAUUGGAGGCGUCUAACCCUGGCACUGUUUUCUCCCCCCCUCCCCCCCCCCCCCCAUCAAGACGAAGAGAUCCAACCACCGGAGCCCGGUAACAAACAUCAUUUCAAACGUCUUUUUUGGUCAUUCAAGCCAUCUAUUGAUGGUUUUGGCUUUUGUUUCCCUGUAAUGCAAGUGGAUGGAACAUUCCUUACCGGGAAGUACAAGGGUUGUCUCCUAAUUGCCAGUGGAGCGGAUGCAAACAAACAAGUUUUUCCUUUAGCCUUCGCCAUAGUUGAGGGAGAGAAUACCGAAAGCUAUGCAUGAUUCUUCAGACAAAUACACCUCCACGUAACUAUGAGGACCAACUUGACAAUCAUCUCUGAUCGCCACGUCGGGAUUAGAGCUGCCAUCUUAGGUUUGGAUCUAGACUGGAGUGGUCCCAGAGGUGGUGCAUACAACACUUCAAGAGCAAUUGGAACAAUAAUUUCAAGUAGAAGAAGCUUGCUGAUAAUAUAUGGUGGAUCGGUAAGCGCUCUAUUUCAUAACCAUAAUUUAGUUAUUGAUUAUUUUCAAUGAUUUGGGCUAAUACAAUGCACCACUUACUUAGACGCUUUAUAAGGAGAUGCGUGCCUAAGGAAAUGGGUUCUUAAGCGAUUAUCAUGAUCCUCCAAUUUCCUGGGAAAAUCGGGUUUUAAGCGAUCCUCGGAUCCCCCUUUUUCUGUCAAAAAGGCUGUGUUUCCAAGGAGAUGUAUACCUCUCCUAAGAGCCUAACGAGAGUGCGGAGGUGGUGUCACUAAUCAAAAGGAUUUGAUUCAGGUGCAAGUAGUCGUUCAAGGAAAAGGAUAAAGUAGUCAUGGUAGCAAAAGAUCCACAGUUAUUAGUAAUGGUAGGUACGGAGGAUCAACUUUGAACUCCUCUUCCUAGUCCUAAUUCGACAACCAAUGCUCGGAAUGUGGAAAUCUCAUUUAAAGGAGCUGCAAUGGAGUCACCUAAAUAUCCUACUGACGGUGAAUCUCAAAAAAUGGUAAAUGGGGCCAAGCCUCAAACUUUGUCACAUCAAGCGGGUCCUACUAUUGUCCUUUAGGCAUCCCCAUCUUCAUUCAAUAUUCUUAGCAAACUUGAUGAGCGUGAAGUUAUGAAGUUACAUACCACAAUGAGGAAAUAAGUGAAGAAGACAAGGGCUUGAGCCUCAUAGUCUAGAUUAUUAUAAUUUUUUGUAAUGUAAAAGGAUUUGACAAACCCUGUAAGAUGCAUCACGCGUAAGUAUAAGGUUGAAGUGGAUUCAAUUCUGGGAAUAAGGGUUCAUAAGUCCAAAGCAUACGAGACUGUGGAAGGUUACUUUGAUGGAUGGGAAAAACACUUGAACUAUGGGAAAAACCAAAAAAAGAUAAAUACUAAAUAUAAUU